GACAUACGUGAAUCCACGACGGUGAUGACGAGAAGCGCGCCGUGCCGCUUCCUAGUGCUGCUGCUCUCGUUGACGUCUCUGUGCGACGUUGACGCGUACCCGAAGUCGGAGUCCCGGAUCGAGGAGCGGGAUGGCCUCGAGCAGGAACUCGGCGAAUCGUCGUGGCCCAUCGUCCAACCGGACGAGAACGAUCUCGCGCCCCGACGGGAGGAGGCUCUGCAAAAGAUACAAGAGAUCCUUGGCAUUCGGAGUCAGAACGAGAAUCUGGCCCAUCGCAAGGUACCGCCGCAGUUCAUGAUGGAGCUCUACAACACCAUCGCCGAUCCCAGCGGGGUCACGCGAGGCCGGAAUCCGUACAACGCCAGGGUAGUGCGCAGCUUCAUCGAGAGGGGUAAUUCUUUCAACUCUCCCCUGUCGCAGUUCUACUUCUUCAACGUCUCGGGGCUGGAGAUGGACGAGUCGGUGCUGGAGGCCGAGCUGCAUCUCUACCGGAAAAAAGCGCCGGCGAGGAACAUGCGUCCGCUGACGUCUGCGUCGCCUUAUUAUCUGAUAAGGGUGUACCAAGUGCUGGACGAUCGCAGCCUCGACGUGCCGGAUCUUCACAGAUUGUUGAACAUUCGUUACGUCGGCGCGCACGCUUCCGGUUGGCAGAUAUUCAAUGUCAAGCAAGCUGUUCUCGGAUGGGUGAGCGGCGAGCCGAAUCUGGGCCUUCUGGUGACGGCGCAGAAUCUGUUCGAGGACGAAAUAUCGGUGGAGUUCUCCCGCCGAAACGACUAUCACCACAGCAAGCAGCCGAUAUUGGUACUGUUCGACGAUGACAGUAACGACCGGUCCGGCGAAAGGUCGGCAGUCGUGCCGCGAUAUUACGCAUAUGGAAACCAGGAUGAUGACAAGGAGAACCGUGGGAAAGGUCCCGCGUACGAGAAGGACGCGGAGAACGAGAAGAUCGAUCUGGAGAACAGCUACGAUGACGCCGAGCACUACAAGAGGCACGAGAGACAACGAAGAGGGGACGGUCAGCCCGAGGAGGUCUCGUUGGCGAGCAGACGCGAGCCGGAAUUUUUCCAGCGGCAAAAGAGAAGACGCGAGGAAGAGGAGAAGGAUCAGGCAGGAACUUCUCGUUACGGAGAACCUUUAGAAGCGACGAGACGCCGUCGUCGCGACGCGACGUCCUCCCGGGAACGCACCACCGACGGUAUCGUGUCGAAGGGUCGCUCGAGAAUCACGCGGAUCCUCACGUCGAUGGACAUCUACGAGAGAGCGGCGUUUCGCGAGAGGCUGGGACAAACGGCGCGAGACAGGUCGGCGAAAAUCGCGGAGCGACGUCGUCGACCGCGCCGGUCGACGAGCAACCAGAACCCGAUAACGUCUCUGAAUCAGCCAUCGGGGAACGCGACCGAGUGCACGAGGCACGAGCUCUACGUGGACUUUCGCGAUAUCGGGCUGUCGUCCUCGAUAAUCGCCCCGGCCGGCUACUCCGCGUACCAGUGCAAGGGCGUGUGCGAGCCGCCUCUCAGCCAGGACCAGCGGCCGACGAAUCACGCGACGAUACAGGCGAUCGUGCACAAGAUGGCCAAGGGCGUCGAGAGGCCGUGCUGCGUGCCCACCAAGCUGCUCAGCACCAGCAUCCUCUUCUACGACGACAACGAGAAUGUCGUGCUCAAGAUGUACGAGGACAUGAUCGCGGACCGUUGCGGGUGUCGUUAAAACGGAGGGAUAGCUGAUCGCGGAAGACCAGCGGUGUUGUCGGCCGUGUAAUUAUAGACGGCCACGCGAAGGAAACGGUGAUAUCUAAAGAACGGGGAAGGGAGGAAUGUGGAGAGAUAAACAGGGAAAUCUCUGUACGUCUGAUUCGUGAUCGAUUUAAUCCUUUUCUACCGCAGUAAAGAAAACUAUCGCGAAGUGAUUGAAUGGAAAUUAAUAUAUAUAUGAACAGUAUUCUUAUUGUUUCCAUUGAUACAAAAAUAAUACGAUGACUGGAACGAACUUCGCCCUGGGGCCGCCACGGAAGCCCUACCUUUAUCUACCUCUACGUAGUACUCAUCUGCCAACGGGGCGCUUUCCGAGAUCCCCCUGAAUUUAUCGUUGACCUCCCUCCUUCUUAUUUGCGCCUCCAACAACGACUUGUAUGCCUCGUCUAUCUCCUUGAAUUUUUCCUCAGCACCGGGGGUUUUGUUCUUAUCAGGAUGAUAUUUUAAGUCUAAGCUUUUUUUUAUUUCCUCAUCGCUCGCUCCCUUGGCCACGUCAAGUAUCUUGUGGUAGCUGUUUUCCAUCUCCUCGACUGUCGUUCCUGAAACAGCAUCCAAACGUAUUGCAUCUAUAUAUGGAGGGGUUAAUUAAAGCCAUAGUGGUGUAAGUCACUUUUUUUAAUUUAUCGAGUUAAGUUCAUAGAUGCAGUCUACACAUGCAAAUAUGUUGAAA